AUGGUAAAGAUGAAGGAGGCAGAGGAAGGAGAAAAGAUAAAAGGAGGAACAAAUAUAAAAAUAGAGGAAGAUACAAAUACACCAAUGCAUGCAGCACAAUUUAUAUAUGCUACUCUAUGUAGAGGACCUAUUAUUGCUGCUUGCCUACGUCUUGAGGAGGCAUAUGGUACACCAGCAGCAGCAGCAGCAGCAGCAGGAGGGGGAGCAGCAGCAGCAACAGCAGCAGCAACAUCAACAGCAGCAGGACCUAGUCUAGAAGAUAUUGAGAAGAUGCUGCAGCAAAUUGAGAAACCAGCAGCAGCACCAGCAGCAGCACCAGCAGCAGCACCAGCAGCAGCAGGAGAAGAAGAAGAAUCUGCAGCAGCAGCAGCAAAACCUACUAAGGAAGAAGAGAAACCAGCAGCAGCAGCAGCAGCACCAGCAGAAACAACAGUAGCAGCACCAACAGCAGCACCAGCAGAAUCAGCAGCAGCACCAGCACCAGCACAGCCAGCAGCAGCAGCAGCACCAGCACAGCCAGCAGCAGCAGCACCAGCACCAGCAGCAGCACCACCACCACAAGCAGCAGCAGCACCAGGUCAAUAA